CGAUCGCACCUCUCUCUCCCAGACAGUUUGUGUCCUCACAUCUCUAUUUCUCACUGUCUUCCGCUCCAUCCUUUUUCCUCUCUGUCUUCCCCGUUACCUCUCAUUCUACUGGGAUCCGGGUCUGAACCUCUGCCGGAGCCGGGACGGCUACUGGAAGUGCUGAAUUCCUGGUCUGCCGAGAAGAUUAAGUGGAGUGGACAGCUGGCAGAUGAUCAGAGUGAGAGUGGCAGCCAGGACUGGCUCAUAUUUAUUGACAGGAUUGGAGGAUUGUACAGAUAUUGGCCGGUCGCUGCGGGACGGGGCCAAGAAGCCUCUGGGCUGUUUUGUGUAAUGUGAAAACCUGCCCUGAGGGUCCUUUGGCAUCUUGACAUCUUCCGCAGAAGCUUCCGUCAACUGAACACCCACAAGUGCAUGGAGGACUCGUGCAUCUUCUGCGCUCUGAAGAGCAUCUUCGCCCAGUUCCAGUUCAGCAGUGAGAAGGUGCUCCCAUCGGACGCUCUGCGCAGCGCUCUGGCCAAAACCUUCCAAGACGAGCAGCGCUUCCAGCUGGGCAUCAUGGACGACGCGGCUGAGUGUUUCGAGAAUCUCCUGAUGCGGAUCCACUUCCACAUCUCGGAUGAGACCAAGGAGGACAUCUGCACGGCCAAGCACUGCAUCCCACAUCAGAAGUUUGCCAUGACACUUUUCGAACAGUGUGUUUGCAAUAAUUGUGGAGCUACUUCGGAUCCUCUCCCCUUCAUUCAGAUGGUGCACUACAUCUCCACCACCUCUCUCUGCUGCAGUAACCAAGCUGUGCGAAUGCUGGAAUGUAAGGAGAAGCCCACACCCGAUAUGUUUGGAGAGCUUCUCCGCAACGCCAGCACCAUGGGUGACCUGCGAAACUGUCCGAGUAACUGUGGCGAAAUGUUGCGGAUUCGGCGGGUUCUGAUGAACUGCCCGGAGAUCAUCAGCAUCGGCCUGGUGUGGGACUCAGACCACUCUGAUUUGGCUGAAGACGUCAUCCACAGCCUGGGCACGUGCCUGCGGUUGGGUGAUCUGUUCUACCGUGUGACGGAUGAGCGGGCCAAGCAAUCAGAGCUCUACCUUGUGGGCAUGGUUUGCUACUACGGCAAGCAUUACUCUACCUUCUUCUUCCAGACCAAGAUACGCAAGUGGAUGUAUUUCGAUGACGCACAUGUGAAGGAGAUUGGACCCAAAUGGAAGGAUGUGGUGUCGAGAUGUAUAAAAGGCCACUACCAGCCACUCCUGCUGCUGUAUGCUGACCCACGAGGGACACCCGUGUCAUCGCAGGACAUGCUGGCAGCGCAGUUAGACCUGCAUCACAGCAGCAAGGCUGGCUAUGACAGCGAAGACUCCGGGAGGGAGCCCUCAAUUUCAAGUGACACACGCACAGACUCUUCCACAGACAGCUGCAGCUACAAGCACUCUCGAUCACACCAUGAGUCCAUGGCCUCCCAUUUCUCUUCUGACUCUCAGGGAACUGUGGUGUGUAAUCAGGACAGCAGCGGUUCCCAGAACAGCAUGGACACUGCAGGGGAGGUUCUUAAAGACCAGGCCACUCCCCUUUGUACGCCAAGAACCUCUUCUACUGGCCAUCUGCAGGAUUAUAAAGAGACUGUGAAUAUGAUCCACAGCAGACCCCUCUCAUCGUCCUCUAGUUCAGGGGUGGGUGGCUCGGAGGCUGGUGCGCGGUCCAGGGACUGGGAAGACGAGAGCACCAGCAGUGAGUCCAAGUCCAGCUCCAGUGGAGGGCGCUAUCGGCCCACUUGGAGACCCAGGAGAGAGGCCUUGAACAUUGACAGCAUCUUCAGCCGGGAAAGGCAUCGGCCGGCUGGCUACGCCACGCUCGGGCCCUCCCCGCUGCCGGAAGACCCGAUGUCACCAGUGCACAGCGAGCUGGUCUCAGGAGCUGCUGCGGAGGGGUCAAACAUUCCAGCAGCAGAGACAGGGGGCAUGGGCGAUGGCUCAGGGGGUGUGUCAGAGACAGCAGUGGAGCAUCUACCGAUCCCACCACCUUUAAGAGGCGUAGAACAGCAGCCUCGGCUGAUCCAGAGGAUGGAGAGUGGCUACGAAAGUAGUGAGAGGAACAGCAACAGCCCCAUCAGCAUGGACAUGCCCCUCAGCGACAACCAGAGCACCAGUGCUCACAGGGACAGCAGCAGUAAGAGACCAGUAACUUCUGGGCCCUCCUGGCGCACAGUGCCCAAGUCCAAAAGCAGCAGUGCCAUCCUUCAAGACCUCAAAUCACCCACCUGGAGUAGCCCUCCACUGAGUUUGGGAGAGGGGCGCAGCGAGCUGGAUGAAUUGCAGGAGGAAGUUGCUCGCAGGGCCAGGCAGCAAGAGCUCCAGAGGAAGAAGGAGAAGGAGAGAGAAGCAGCACAGGGCUUCAACCCCAGACCUAGCAAGUUCAUGGACCUGGACGAACUUCAGCACCAGGGGAAGGGGGGCAGUUUUGAGCACUGCCUGGCGGAGGCUGACUCUCUCUUAGAGCAGUCGCUGCGCCUGGAGCAAGCUGGGGACACAGCUACAGCCCUGGCGCUCUCCCACCAUGCUGUGUCUAAACUAAGAUUUUCCAUGCAUGAGGGCAGUGCUAACACUCAUAGCAGGACUAUGGCUGCUGACGCCAAGCUGCAAAAAUGCAUGAGGAGAGCGCGGGGCCUACAGCAGCGCAUGCAGCAACAGCAAGAGCAGCAGCAGGAGCCCAGCCGCCCACAGGGGCCCAACAGUGAACACCCUGGCCCGGUCCAAGUAUUGUUGACAGACAAUCAGGAGGAGGUCUGGGAGACCAAUCAGGUUUCUAUGCUUGGCCCACCCUCUCCUCAACACAUGAAAUCACCCUCCUCUUGUACAAACUCCCCAUCUCAGUCCUCUAGCCACCCAUCGCUCAAUCCUCGGCCUUCCUCUUCUGAGGGGCAUUCCCAAGAGCCCGAUGAACGCAGCAGUUGGUCAACCCAAAAUGAGGAGGAAUGGGGUGGCAUCAGGUUAUCAGACGUUCUCCAAGCAUCAGGCAUUCGGAUCAUGCCCAUACGCAAACACCUAGCCAUAUCUCUACCUUCUUUGCCCCUUGACUUCUGGGGUGUUUUGGGAGAGGACGAAGAGGUCUCCAGCUGUCAGCACCCUCAAGCUUCAUUCUCUCAAUCUCCAAAUCCUCCUUCGUGGCAUGGCACUGCAGAUUGUUCAGACCGGAUACCCCAAUCCAGCAGGGCCACCAGUCCACCACCUGCCCCUGUUGAGGAGAAGGGGCCAAUGCCCCGACGAGCCCCCAUAUGGCAGCCCCUGUGUGCAUCUUCCCAGCCAUGCACCAAACUGACCCCUCCUGUUGCUACCCGUCAUUGGUCCUCUUGGAGCCUAGACCGUCCUGACGCUGUCAUCACCCCCUACAACACACCACCUGACCAGAACCAGCGGACAGGAACCGCCCUCUAUCAACACACACCUGGAAGACACCUUGCUCCUCACAGUCCCAUUAGCACCAGGAAGAAGAACAUCUCUAAGCACUCAAACUUCCAAAGCAUGGAGCUGGAACCCACAGAGGCCGAGGACCAGGAACUCUCUGAAUUGGACUCACUCUACCAGGCCAGUCUCCAGGCUGGCCCGGGUCCUGGCCGAGCUCUGCGUGGUACCAGCUCACCUGCUGGGAGACAAGUACCUCCUGCUACACGAAAGCUGCUCACUGGAGUUGGACGUUCUCGGACCCCCACGGCUGAGCUUGAGAGAACCGCUUAUGGACCACCAGGUUGUAGCAGCCCUACUGGAUACAUGAACAUGCCCCUGUCAGUGGCCCAUCAAGAGCUGCAGUCAGGAGAGGAAGACCAGUAUGAUGCAGAUCACCUGCGCCGUAUUGCUCGCAGCCUGAGUGGAACUGUGAUAGGGAGACGCCAGAACCGCCUUGCCGUCUCCCGAAGUUUCCUGGGGGACUCCGGGGUUACGCCAUAUCACAGCUCCAUGUACUCACCUAGUUGCCUUCAGUUUCCUUUGUCUCAUUCAGACCUCCAUCUGCUCCAACCCAGCUAUCUUCAUCUCCUUCCAUCAUCUUCACCUCUGUCUCAGCAGCCUGGGCCUUGCAGAGAGGCCCCAGGUAAAGCUCACUCUCGUUUUCCACUUCCAUGACCACCUCCUCCAUUCAAAGGGCCAUUUCCUGCUUGUUCCACAUUCUGCCAUUGCAUUGCAUUUGAGUCCAGGUGCCAGUGGCCACCCUGCUAAACAGUCUGCAUUUGCUUCAUUUUCGUUUCAUUACUGCUGUUGAAGGAGCUCCUCUUUUGUUGUUGCUUUUUUUUCUUUGAUUGGUCUGGAUCCUGUCCUUCACACUCCAUCCUACCCCA